GCUGUCUGAUGAUGCUGGAGAACUAAAUUUUGAGAAAGUCAAAGAGGGCAGAGCUUUCAAAAGUGACUUCAAAAGCAGUGAUGCAUUUGUGUAUGACAACAAAAAAGACCUGUUUGUGUGGAUUGGCAAGAAUGCCUCCAAAGAAGAGCAGCACAAUGCACUGACAUAUGCUCAUAGAUUCUUGCAAAAAACAACCCAUCCACUUUUGCCUAUUACCGUGGUCACUGAAGGCAGAGAGAACAAGUACUUUAGAACCGCCAUUGCUGCAUAA